AAACAACACAAGCGAAAGAUCAGCGCAUGGUGUCGGAAACGCAAAAGAAAGAAACCUCUCCGUGUUGUCGGAACUUGAAAUAUUUCUGGUUGAGUCUUUCCGAUCACUUGUCGCCGGAUUCACGUCGGAGGCAUCAGACAAUAUAUAUAGAUAUAUAAAUAUAUACACAUUAUAUAUACAUAUAUAAUAUAUUGUGAUUGAACCGGUGGUUGUACGUAGAUCGAGAAUGGGGGACGGAGGGUGUUGUCCGACAAUGGAUCUGUUGCGUUCGGAACCGAUGCAAUUAGUGCAGUUAAUCAUUCCCAUGGAAUCUGCUCAUCGAAGCAUAUCGUAUUUGGGAGACCUUGGCCUCUUUCAAUUCAAAGACCUCAAUGUUGAAAAGAGUCCAUUCCAGAGGACAUAUGCUUCUCAGAUCAAGAGAUGUGGAGAGAUGGCACGCAAACUACGGUUUUUCAGGGAACAAAUGACGAAGGCUGGUUUCUCACCCUCAACAAGGUCUACUAUGGACACCGAAAUUAACUUGGAUGACUUGGAGGUAAAACUCGGAGAACUUGAAGCUGAGCUAGCGGAGAUGAAUGCAAACAGUGAAAAGUUACAACGUUCUCAUAAUGAGCUUUUAGAAUAUAAGCUUGUUUUGCAGAAGGCUGGUGAGUUUUUCCAUUCAGCUCAAAGCAGUGCUGCAGAUCAGCAGAUAGAAUUUGAAGCACAUCUCUUUGGUGAAGGAUCCAUUGAUAGUCCUCUAUUAUUGGAGCAAGAAAUGUCAACAGAUUUUUCUAAACAAGUUAAGCUGGGAUAUGUCAGUGGUCUUGUUGCAAGAGAAAAGUCCUUGGCUUUUGAAAGGGUUCUAUUUCGUGCAACUAGGGGAAACGUGUUCUUAAAGCAAGCUACUGUGGAAGAUCCUGUCAAAGAUCCUGUGUCAGGAGAUAAGAUCAACAAAAAUGUAUUUAUCGUCUUCUAUUCUGGAGAAAGAGCAAAGAACAAAAUAUUGAAGAUUUGUGAUGCAUUUGGAGCAAAUCGUUAUCCGUUUACAGAUGACCUUGGCAAACAAUAUCAGAUGAUUACAGAGGUAUCUGGAAAACUUUCGGAGUUGAAGACUACCAUUGAUGUAGGACUGGUUCACCGGGGCAAUCUGCUGCAGACCAUUGGUUAUCAGUUUGAGCAAUGGAACUUUCUGGUGAAGAAGGAGAAAUCCAUUUACCACACUUUGAAUAUGCUCAGCAUUGAUGUGACCAAAAAGUGCCUUGUGGGAGAAGGCUGGUGUCCUGUUUUUGCAACAAAUCAGAUUCAGAAUACACUGCAGAGGGCAACCCUUGACAGCAACUCACAAGUUGGGGCCAUCCUCCAGGUUUUGCAUACUAAGGAAUCACCACCUACCUAUUUCCGCACAAACAAAGUCACUUCUGCUUUUCAAGAAAUUGUAGAUGCAUAUGGGGUGGCCAAGUAUCAGGAAGCAAAUCCUGGUGUUUAUACAAUUGUUACAUUUCCAUUCCUUUUUGCCGUCAUGUUUGGAGAUUGGGGCCAUGGUAUAUGCUUGCUUCUUGCGACAUUAUACUUCAUAAUCAGGGAAAAGAGACUUUCCAGUCAGAAGCUUGGGGACAUCAUGGAGAUGACAUUUGGUGGUCGUUAUAUAAUUAUGAUGAUGGCACUAUUCUCAAUAUACACAGGACUAAUAUACAAUGAAUUUUUUUCCAUGCCAUUUGAAUUAUUUGGACGCUCAGCUUACGAUUGCCGUGAUCCUUCCUGCGGGGAUGCUUCAACAGUGGGGUUGAUUAUGGUGCGUGACACUUAUCCAUUUGGCGUGGAUCCUAAGUGGCAUGGUACCCGCAGUGAGUUACCAUUCCUUAAUUCAUUGAAGAUGAAGAUGUCAAUCCUACUGGGAGUAGCUCAAAUGAAUCUUGGAAUUAUUUUGAGCUAUUUUAAUGCAAAAUUCUUUGCAAGUGACAUAAAUAUCUGGUAUCAAUUUGUUCCCCAGAUGAUAUUUUUAAACAGCCUGUUUGGGUACCUGUCGCUCCUCAUUAUUGUGAAAUGGUGCACUGGUUCUCAAGCUGAUUUGUACCAUGUAAUGAUAUACAUGUUCCUGAGUCCUACUGAUGAUUUGGGCGAGAAUCAGCUUUUCACAGGCCAGAAAUUCCUUCAGAUUGUCUUACUAUUGCUGGCACUUGUUGCGGUACCAUGGAUGCUGUUUCCAAAGCCAUUUCUAUUGAAAAAGCAACACCAGGAAAGACACCGAGGUCAAUCCUACACACCGCUUCACAUCACUGAUGAUUUUGAAUUGGAGUCACAUAAUGAUGCACAUGGCCAUGAGGAAUUCGAGUUCAGUGAAGUUUUUGUACAUCAACUUAUACAUACCAUAGAGUUUGUACUCGGAGCAGUCUCUAAUACAGCUUCAUACCUACGUCUAUGGGCCCUCAGUCUAGCACAUUCAGAGUUGUCUAGUGUAUUCUAUGAGAAGGUUCUCCUGCUUGCCUGGGGGUUCAACAAUGUCGUUAUCCUUAUUGUUGGCAUUGUUGUAUUUAUUUGUGCAACGGUUGGUGUACUGCUAGUGAUGGAAACCCUAAGUGCAUUCCUACAUGCCUUACGACUACACUGGGUGGAAUUUCAGAGCAAGUUCUACGAGGGAGAUGGUUACAAAUUCUACCCCUUCUCGUUUACACUAAUUACUGAGGAUGAGGAAUAACAGUUUUUGAAGCUUUUGUCAUUGACAAUAAUUGUUUUAAAGGUUUGAUUAUUAGUUUAUUCGAUUCUUUCACGUGGACGAGAGAGAGAGAGGUGUUUGGAAAUGCAACAGAGGGAAAAUGCUUAUGAAGUGUGGGGGAAAUGGGUUCUCUCUCGAAUCUUACACGUUUUCGUUUUCCAUAAUGUUAUUGUUUGUCUGUUGGAAUAAGGAUUUGUUAGCAGUCAAAGCUUCUAAUUGUCUCUCAUUGAUGUUGGUUCUUCGUUCUGAUUCUCAUCGGCCAUUCCUGUUGUUUAUUGUAAGAAACAUCGUAUAAUGUUUCGGCAUCCUGGUGAUUUGAAAGGAGGUGUUGGUGAAUUUGAUGCACCUCACAGCUUGAAAAACUUCCAAAUCAUCAUUGACUAAUUCAUAAUUCUGGAUUAAACAUCUG